AUGGCUGCGUUUAUGCACGUGCGCGCUGAAAAGUUGUACAUGAAUCGGAAGACAUGUCGGCCUCGAACAUAUCGAACAUUUUACAGAUUCGACGAGGUGAACGUGGAGUGGUUAGCCACUCACUUUUUGCCGGAUUCUCCAGAAACGCGGGGUGGAAGUCUGACAAACAAGGAAAGGAUGGAGACUUUUCUUCGCUAUUUGUCCGAUCCAGGAUUCCAAGUUGGCGUUGGCGAGGACAAGGGUAUACAUCAGUCAACGGUGUGUAAAACAUUUUCGAAUGUAUUAACCCAUGUUGUGGCGAAAGCUCAAAUUUGGAUUAAGUUUCCAGCAACCUUGCAGGAUAUAAGAGAGGCACAACAACUGUGGCAAACUGGUAAUGAAAUACCAGGUGCAGUCGGUGCGAUAGACUGUACGCAUGUUAAAAUUCUGAAGCCGGGUGCACGACGGAGUCAUGGAGAUGAAUACAUAAACAGAAAAGGUUCAGAAUCCAUCAAUGUGCAGGCGACAUGUAAUGCAGUUGAACGAUUUACGAGUGUUGAUGCUAGUUGGCCUGGGUCCGCGCAUGACAGUCGGAUAUGGAAGAAUUCCGACGUUGGUCGUACGAUGAUUCACUCUCGCCAUGGAGGCCUUCUUCUCGGAGACGAAGGAUACGGGAUAGCCUCAUGGUUGCUUACACCCUACAGCGAUCCAGUUCUUCCUUUCGAAAAGGCCUUCAAUAGAGCUCAUUCUAAGGAGAGGGUCAUCAUAGAACGAUGCUUCGGCCAAGUGAAAAGGCGCUUUCCAAUUUUGAAUGGGAAAAUUAGAGUUCGACUGGUGAAAGUACCAAGUGUCAUUGUUGCCUGUUUUAUGCUCCAUAAUAUUUCCAAAUACUUGGAUGACCAAGAUGACUUCCCCGAACUGGAGAACGACGAGCCCGACACUGACAGCGACGAUGACGAGGAUGAUGAAGAUGGCGAUAGAAGGAUUCGCCAACGCGGACAGAACAGGCGACGAGCAAUUGCCGAAUUGCUGAAUUCCGACUAG